AUGAAAAUUGUAUUUAAUUGCAGUACCUCAGGAAACAUGGCACAUGAAAAUGAUAAUUCGGCUGAAGAAAUCAAUAUUAUAGAUAACCUCGUUUCACCGACGGCUUCAGAUCAGGCAAUGUCCACCUGCAGUGUCCCCAAUACAAUGCCUAAACAGUCGAAGAAAAAACUAUCUGUGUUUCAGGAACAUGUGUUGAACGCCAUAGAAAAGAGAACUAACAAAGAAGAAGUUUUUGAUGGAAAUAAACAUUUUUUGAUUUCUUUGUUACCUACCAGCGAUGAAGAGUAUGGAUGA